AUGGUGAUUGCAAAGAGAGUUGGUGUUGGUGUUAUUUUGUGGUUGGCAGUGGCUUGUUUUGUGGUAGAAGGUGAUGAAAGAGUAAGGCCAAUUGCUGGGCCUGAUAUCUAUGAGGGUCGCAAUGUAGCUAAGGAUGUUCUUGCUCCUGGUGAGAUUAUUAAUAAUGUCAUGAGCUUUGGUGCCAAACCUGAUGGGAAGUUUGAUUGCACUCAGGCGUUCAUGGACGCAUGGAGAGCAACAUGCAAGUCGAAAGUGCAAGCAAGGGUUCUGGUCCCUCUAGGAAGGUUCGUGGUUUCGGCAAUGUACUUCGCCGGGCCGUGCACGACUCCGGGGCCCGUCACGGUCCAAGUUGAAGGCACCGUGGUUGCAACAACGGACAUCAGCGAGUAUGUUGACGGCGAAUGGCUCAUGUUCCAAGACCUCUCCGGUAUCAAACUCAUUGGUGGUGGCACCUUUGAUGGACAAGGAAAAGAUUCAUGGUCCCAAACUGAGAAUUGUGAAACCGACUCCGAUAGCGCCUGUGUUAGAGCUCCUAGUAGCAUUUUCUUCAGCAGGGUGAACAAUGGAAUCAUACAGAACAUAAAAACCUUGAACCCCAAAGGCUUUCACAUAUUUGUCACAAACUGUGCCAACAUUAGACUUAGGUUGCUUAAGCUCACAGCACCAGGUACCAGCCCCAAUACUGAUGGAAUCCACAUUAGCCACUCCAUCAAUGUCAAAAUAUCAAAAUCCAACAUUGAAACCGGUGAUGAUUGUGUCUCUAUGAUUCAAGGGGUCAACAAUGUUACCAUUAAGAGACUAAAGUGUGGCCCUGGACAUGGUAUUAGUAUUGGUAGUCUUGGAAAAUAUCAAGAUGAGCUAGAGGUGAGAGGAAUUAGGGUGGAGAAUUGCACAUUGGUUGGCACAACCAAUGGCCUAAGAAUAAAGUCAUGGCCAGAGAAGUAUUCAGGUUUAGCAACAGAUAUAAGCUAUAGUGAUAUUACCAUGGAAAAUGUUAAAAACCCUAUCAUCAUUGAUCAAGAAUAUCAAUGUUCUCCAGGCAUCUGCAAAAAGAAGCCAUCACUUGUAAAGAUAGCAAAUGUUGGUUUUAUAAAUGUAAAAGGAACAACAAUUUCACCAAUUGCAGUGGAUUUAAGGUGUAGUAAGCAAUUCCCAUGCGAAAAUGUUCAACUUCACAACAUAGACCUCAAGCUUCUUGGACCUAUCCUUCCUUCUGGCGCAAGAUGUGCCAACGUUAAACCUAUCUAUGGAGGCAUUCAAAUGCCACCAGCAUGUCCAUAG